GCUCUGCGUCCCGGAAGUACAUGCUCCACUGUUCGCGGCAGGUCCAGUGCAGAUGGAUCGAUCCCAUAGCCCCAGCCCGACCCUCGGACACCUCGCCCCCGCCGCGUCUCCUUCAUCCUCAGUGACCCUGGCGCAGGUGAUACAGCUGAUGCAGCGAGGUCAGGAGCUCCCGGGGCUGGAGAAGCGCCACAUCAAGGCCACCCACGGCGACCCCACAGCGUCCCGGCUCCCGCGGAGGCCCAAACCCUGGGAGGCCGCCGCCUCGCCGCCCUGGGCUCCUGAGGCCUCCGGCCCUGGGCGGCUAAGAUUGGACGACAAUGCCCGCACUGACCUGUGACCCUGGAAAGCGGCCACUCCAUCUUUUACGGAUUCGUCCUGCCCAGAUUCCGCUGGACCUACCCUUAUGGAGUCUCCAUGGGGCUGCCCACUACUUGGGAUUCUGGACCAGAUUCUUAGUUAAAAAUAAAACCCCACUCCACCAGUCAAGUAUCUGCCUUGCGUCUGUCUUCAAAAUUGUACUAAGCAGGGGGAGCUGGGGUUCAUCCUUCAGCAAUGAAAACGUGCGACAGAGGCUACACGGACACUGCCCGACCCCCAGGGAUUAGUAACGUGGGAACAUCAGUUUACACCAGGCCAGCUUGUUCCGGUGCUGGUGACAAAAGGAACCUGGGAUCCAAGUGGCCAGACGGGGUGAAAGGAAAGUUUGAUAUUAAAAUUUGCCCCCCGGCCAGGCGGGGUGACGCACGACUUUAAUCCCAGUACUCAGAUCACUGUGAGUU